UUCUGUUGUUGUCUUUCAGCAAACACAUUUGUGGUGGAGAGUUGUUCAGGUGAUUAUGACAUGAAUGAUUGUCACAUGGAAAUACAAAGCAACAACUUUAGUGGUAACAUACAACAUCAACGUUACAAAUCUGUUGAAAAUGAUAACUGUGAAAUCAAGCAGAAUGAGGAGAGCUGUUCAGGUGAUUCAAAUGAUGGCAAUGAUGAUGACAUAGAAAUACAAGACAACACGUUUGUUGACAGAAAUGAUGGUGACAUGGAAAUUCAGGAGAACAAAUCUGUAAAUGACAAUGAUGGUGACCUUAAAAUUCACAACAAAUUUAUCAACGACAAUGAUGGUGACAUGGAAAUUCAGGAGAACAAAUCUGUCAACGACAAUGAUGGUGACAUAGAAAUUCAGGACAACAAAUCUGUCAAUGACAAUGAUGGUGACCUUAAAAUUCACAACAAAUUUAUCAACGACAAUGAUGGUGACAUAGAAAUUCAGAACAACAAAUCUGUCAAUGACAAUGAUGGUGACCUUAAAAUUCACAACAAAUUUAUCAACGGCAAUGAUGAUGACAUAGAAAUACAAGACAACACGUUUGUUGACAGAAAUGAUGGUGACAUGGAAAUUCAGAACAACAAAUCAGUCAAUGACGAUAAAGUUGACAUGGAAAUUUACAUCAACAAAUCUGCCGAUAGUAAUGAUAGUGACAUAGAAAUUCACGACAAAUAUGUCACCAGCAAUGACAGUGAAAUCAAGCAGAAUGAGGAGAGCUGUUCAGAUGAUUCAAAUGAUGGCAAUGAUGAUGACAUAGAAAUACAAGACAACACGUUUGUUGACAGAAAUGAUGGUGACAUGGAAAUUCAGGAGAACAAAUCUGUCAACGACAAUGAUGGUGACAUAGAAAUUCAGGACAACAAAUCUGUCAAUGACAAUGAUGGUGACCUUAAAAUUCACAACAAAUUUAUCAACGACAAUGAUGGUGACAUGGAAAUUCAGGAGAACAAAUCUGUCAAUGACAAUGAUGGUGACAUAGAAAUUCAGGAGAACAAAUCUGUCAAUGACAAUGAUGGUGACAUAGAAAUUCAGGACAACAAAUCUGUCAAUGACAAUGAUGGUGACCUUAAAAUUCACAACAAAUUUAUCAACGACAAUGAUGGUGACAUAGAAAUUCAGGACAACAAAUCUGUCAAUGACAAUGAUGGUGACCCUAAAAUUCACAACAAAUUUAUCAACGGCAAUGAUGGUGACAUAGAAAUUCUAAACAACAAAUCUGUCAAUGACAAUGAUGGUGACCUUAAAAUUCACAACAAAUUUAUCAACGGCAAUGAUGAUGACAUAGAAAUACAAGACAACACGUUUGUUGACAGAAAUGAUGGUGACAUGGAAAUUCAGAACAACAAAUCAGUCAAUGACGAUAAAGUUGACAUGGAAAUUUACAUCAACAAAUCUGCCGAUAGUAAUGAUAUUGACAUAGAAAUUCACGACAAAUAUGUCACCAGCAAUGACAGUGAAAUCAAACAGAAUGAGGAGAGCUGUUCAGAUGAUUCAAAUGAUGGCAAUGAUGAUGACAUAGAAAUACAAGACAACACGUUUGUUGACGGUAAUGAUGGUGACAUGGAAAUUCAGAACAACAAAUAUGUUGACAGUGAUAAUGGUGAGUCUGACUUCAGCUAUGAUGAUGAUAAAGAUGAAGAUUAUGUCUUGCCUUCAGACAUUGAUUCAGACGAAGAGGUUUGUCCAGCACCAGACAUGUCAAAGUUUCUGAAGAAGCAUGUUGAAACCAAGAUUUUGUUUGAAAAUGUUAAUGAAUCAGCAGAUUGCCUUGGUUGCUGCUCUGUUCCAGACAUCCAGAAGAAAACUGCUGCGGCCAAGAAUAUGUACAAGAGAGUUACUGAAUCAGCAGAUUCACUUGAUAGUAAUUGUUAUGUUCAAGGCAUUGGAAAUGAUGCUACUGUUCCCCUGGAAAAUGUAAGCGAUUUAGAACUGAAAAGGUUAGAUGAGGACAAAAUUAUCAGAGAUGUGAAUUUAAGAAAAAUUUACAUGCGAAAGCACAUGAAAUUGUCCGGAAAGCAAAGUCAACAGAUGCGGAAAAAAACUACUGAAAGAAUAUAUAACAAUUACCACUGUUGUUUUUAUUGCUCUAGAUUUGUACAAUACAUAAGCACACACAUGAAAACUCACAGAAACAUAGAUGCUGUGCGAAACAUAAUGAAAAUGACGAACCCAGAUUUCAGUACAAUAAGAAAGCUAGGAGAUGAUAAAAAUAAUCAAAAAGUAGUGGAGAUGAAAGAGGGUGAGUUUCUCAUUGCCCGUCGACCAAACAAACAACUACUUGGAUGUUCAACAAUAUGGGCCUUGUCCCCAUUGUAG